ACAGUUUCAAGAACAAUGCUCUCUCUCUCUCUCUCUCUCUCUCUGGCACGCGCGCAGCCAGUUCUGGUUUGGACCGGGGCCGGUGAGGUUUGUGUCCUGUGUCAGUGCCACCCAGCUCACCGGCGACACGUCGCAUGGAGCUGAAUAGAGCUAUUUUCUCUCCGUUAGUUUACACGUGAAUAAUUCGUUUGGCCUACUUCUUAAUUUUUCAUUAAUUCUUUUAAGGACCCACUUCACUGGAGAGUUCGAAACCGGUGGACUGUUGAAUACGUGGGCGGUUGUUCGUUCAGCGCUGUCAGACUGGACCUGCUCAGCCUUUUUUUUUUUGGCUACAACUACCUGAUAAUUACCUGAGACUAGUUUAUUCACAGAGUGCUGUUCAUUGUCUGCUGGUUCUGUGGAGACAUGUGGCGCAGAUUCUCACUGCUGGUUUUAUGCUGUGCUGUAUGUGGUCUUCAUGCUCUGGAGGCGGACAGAAGCGCGGACCCCUCGCGGGAGACGAUGCUGCCCGAAGCAGCAGAGCUGGGUAAACCGGACAAGAAUGCUCCCUCCGCGGCUAAAGUGGAAGACAGUCUGCGAGGAGGGAAGCAGCAGUCCCCGGGGGGAGACGCUCCUCUUGUAGGUGCGGAGGGGAGAGUUCAACAGCCCACCGCCGAGCCUCUGGAAGAAGAGCUGGACAACCAAGAGAAUGUCAUUAGCCAGUUGCUGGGCGAUUACGACAAAGUAAAGACUGUGUCAUCAGGGUCCGACUGUGUGUGUCGUUGUAUUGUUCGACCAAUCAAACGCUCUGACUGCAGCCAUAUCCAUGACAGCGACCUGGCAUCACCAUCCCAGAAUUUUUACACUGUGGAGACGGUUACCAAGGGAACAGACUGCAAGAAGUGUGUGUGUAUGGCUCCACCUUCAGCUGUCAACCCCUGUGAGGGAGAGUACAGGUUUAAAAAAUUACAGGAGGCCAGCAAAGAUGACAUUAAGUUGGCAACUAUCAUUGACUUGUUGGAGGGCUCUCUGUAUGGAAUGGACUUGUUAAAGCUCCACUCUGUCACCACCAAGCUGCUGACCAGGGUGGACAACAUGGAGAAGGCUUUCGUCCGUAAUUUUACUGAGAGAGCAAGAGAGAAAGAACGUGUGAAGGACAGAGCAGAGGAAAAGGAGAAAGAGAAGAAGGCCCAGCAGAAAAAAAAGAAAGUGAAUGAUUUAGAGCGUGCAGGACAGAAAAGUGGAGCUUCUGCCUACGCCAAAAAGCAGAAGAAUUAUGAAGGUCAGCUGAAGAAGAACCAACAGCAAGAUGGUCUGGAACAACAACAGCCAACCAGAAAUAAGACAGGAACUCAAAAGCCAAUCAAAGACAAGACAGAGCCAAAGCAACCAAUCAAAGAUAAGAACAGCAUGGUCAUCAGGGGUGUAACCUUUUACAAGGCACAGGAGGAGAGCUACAAAGAGGAGGAGGAGGAGGAGAAGAAGAAUUGGAAAGGAAAGAAUACUACUCUAACUGCAAGUGCUUCAGUGGACUUACUGAUCUCUGACCAGCUCCCACCUACCAUGACUUUCCCAACCAAGAGUCCAGGACCUUCAACCGCUGUUAACAGAGAACGAGACUUUCAGGACCUAUCAAGGAGACUGAGCAGGCCCGCACCCACCCAGCAGCCAACAGCUCCUCCGACUACCACCCAACAAACCACAAUUACAACCAGACCAGUUCCCACCACCAUCAAACCAACGACUGAAUUAACCACUAACAUACCACCAACAACUCCAAAACCAAUGACAACCAAACUGACAACUACUUCCAAACAAACUACAAUCACUAUUCAGCCUACCCUGCAUGUCAAUCAGCAUACCACCUCACCCUCGGAUACCAAUAUAGGUCCACCCAUUGAUGCAUCUCCCACGGCAGAGUCUCGGACAGGACCCAAAAGUCGACUCAGCUGGACGGAGAGCCCUGCUGACCAACCAAAGACCACAAAAAAGCCUGCAGUCUGUAAGGACACGGUAGCCAGCAUCUCUGAACCGGUCCAGCAGAACUCUUACGGCCUUAGUGAUGGAGCCUGGAUGAGAGAUGCUCGUGGCCAUGGCAACGUCAUCUACCUUACCAGUGGUCACUAUGGCAGCAACCUCCUAGAAUUCCGAGACAUGGACACCUUCAAAUCAGGUCAGGCAAGUAAUUCAUACAAGCUGCCCUACAGUUUCACUGGAACAGGCCACGUCGUGUUUAAUGGAGCUUUCUACUACAACCGUGCCUUCAGCAGAGACGUCAUCAGAUAUGACUUGAGGCACAGAUAUGUAGCCGCCUGGACCACACUACAUGAUGCUUUACUGGAGGAGCAAGCCCACAGGACACAAACUGAAGUGGAGUUUGCUGUUGAUGAGUCCGGCCUGUGGCUGCUCUACCCGGCUCUGGACACAGAGGGCUUCCACCAGGAAGUAAUCCUGCUCAUCCACCUCCGCCCCCGAGACCUGCAGCCGAUACGGAGCUUCCGCACAGGUCUUCGGCGUGGUCGCUAUGGGAACAGCUUCCUGGUUUGUGGUGUGCUUUAUGCAGUGGACAGUAUGGAGCGUCGCUACGCUAACGUGACAUACGCCUUUGACACGCACACGCUCACACACACCGUGCCGAGCCUGCCGUUCACAAACAUGCACGCACACACCUCCCAGCUGGCUUACUGCCCACUAGACAAGAAACUGUAUGCAUGGGACGAUGGACAUCAGAUGACGUAUGACGUCAUCUUUGCUUAUUAGCACAAUGAAUGGACACACAGAUAGCAUAUCCAGAGAGGUCAAAACAAAGCUGAGGACAGAAGAAAUAAGACAAUAUCUGAACAGAUAUUUUAUCAAUGUUUUGUUUCUAAAUGACAGUGGAUCAGUCUAACUGAAUGUGUUUUUAUAUUGACCUCAGCUGCUGCUUUGCCACACACACCAAAGUCAGUAUUAACCAGUAAGAGCAGCACUUAACUCACAAGUGAAGUCAGAAAACAAGUGGAAAUAUGUUCACAUUUGGAAAAUGACAAAACUCCAGGGUCAUAUGAAUGAAUGUAAAUAAAUGUAUACACAUCUUACUCUGUUUCUCCAAAUGGAAAUUUUCCUCUGAUUUAUGAAAAACUAUGUAUACCUGUUCCUCUGCAUAUUGAGACUGUGGUGGAGAAACUGUGGAAUUGAGCAUGCUUGAGUGCACAACUGUCCACUCCCAUAUUAAACGAUACACAAAUGGUUCUAAAAAUGCCAAUAAUUACCCUGUUCAUCCAGUUCUUCAAGAAAAUUUGCUUCCAGCAAUUCCAGUCUGUGGGCAAAUAUACCCUUUCUCACAUCAAGCUUAUUUUUCAUAAAUAAUGAUCACUGGGGAGGGUUCUCCACAUGUACACGCUUUACACAAAGCACAAAGAUUCGGCUCUUGGAAACUUUCUGCCUCUAAACACAGAGCAGGCCUUGGUUUCUGUUAUGACCUUCCAUGAGUUCAGUGCUUGGUAAUAUAAGUUAUUAGUAUCAUGUAAAAUGCGAUUGAUCUAGUUUGUACAAAAUAUUUGAGGUUAUUGUGAGACCUUUCUUUGUCUUAUUAAAGGGGAACUCCGCAGAGUUUACAUAGCUUACUAGUCAGAUGGAGCCCUAUUCAGCUUUUGAAAACAGUCAUCAGGAAUAUUGUCUCACUUUUGGCUUUAAGACUACAAAUUUACCACUAUUUACUAGCUUGGCUAAAACUUAGUUAGUUAUAAAGAUGCUAGUGGUUGCAUUGUGGGAUAUGUAGGAUUCAGUGUUUUUGGGACUAAAAGUCAAGAUAUCUCAAGAACCCUAAACUCAUUUAGCUGUUGUUGUGUUAAUUCAUUAAUAAUCUAUUCACAACAUCAAAUCACAUGCCUAUAUAGGCUUAUGCCACGAAAAACCAGGAGCUUUCCAAAACCUUGGGUCAAUAAGCUACUGUAAUGGUGCCAAGUCAGAAAUAUAACGUCUGGUAAAACCAGUCUUGUGUCCAAUAAACAACGUUCAGUUCCAGAGAGUAAAAACUGAUUGUGAUGACUGAAGACACAGAUACUUUAUACUUUAAGUGUUCCAUCUAACGUCAGUAUAAUGCCUUUAUUUUCAGUAUGUAAUGAAGCAGCAGCCUAUUUUCCUAUAUGAUCAAAGUCUAUACUGUAUGUUUUUUUUACUGUAUAUUUGCUUAGCGUGUCGUAUAUUUAGCUUCACUCCUGUCCCAAUAAUGUUCCUAUCAUAAGCUUUUAGUACAGGUGGGAACGGGAAUGGAAGUUCUAACCCUGGUACAGUUAGUGCUUCUUCUACCAUUGAAUUCAUUCAGUUAAAACCAUUUUCAGACUAGUACAUGCUCCACACUUCUUUGCUUGUUGAAAAACAGACAAGGUUGAUUUCAACUGCUUUACUACAGGUUUGCCUUUUUGUUUUGUUAAUUUAUAAUAAAAUAUUUGAAAAAGGUGAA